AUGAAUAUGGAUUUAGGUUGUAGUUUGCCACAGUCAAGAAUUUUACACGGAGGCGUGGGAACUGGUUGCAAACAAAAAUUAGUAGGUCAAGUAGGUUGUUUUGACUUUAGAAGGAGAGGAUUUGAUUCUGGUUUUUUGGGCAAGAGUGUUUCGAGAUCACAUUUUAGUGUGGAGAACAAACUUAGUUGCGUUUCUAGUGGCGAGUUUAAAGUUUUGAACACGAAGAGACAUAUGUCAUGUAAGAAUGAGAAACUUCUAUUGGGAUCCAGAGUAAUUUGGUUGAAGUGCCAGGGUAAUGAUUCUUUAGCUUAUGUUAAUGGAAAUGGCCGCAAUGUUGAUUAUGUGGAAGGUUCGGAUGAGGAUGCAGAGGUGGCACUUGUAUCUAGUGAUGGAUCGAAUGUGCCUGUGGAAGAAGAAGGGAAAGUUGGGAAGGAAAUAGGAGUAGAGGUGCAAAAUGUGGAAGAAUUGAAAGAACUACUGCAGAAGGCCUCGAAAGAGCUUGAAGUGGCACAGAUAAACAGUACUAUGUUUGAGGAAAAGGUUAAAAAAAUAUCAGAGACUGCCAUCUUUUUGCACGAUGAAGCAGCCCAAUCUUUGAAUGAUGUUAAUUCCGCCCUUGACACCAUUCAAAAAGUUGCAAAUGAAGAACAUAUGGCCAAAGAUGCUGUCCAAAAUGCUACAAUGGCUCUUUCAUUAGCCGAGGCAAGACUACAGGUAGCCAUAGAGUCUUUAGAAGCUGCAAAAGAAGUGCCUGAAGGUUCUAAUGAGAGUGACGGAGAUAGGGACUUAACAGAAAAGGAGAACACACUUUUUGUUGCGCAAGAAGAUAUAAAGGAAUGCCAGGAAAAUUUGGCAAAUUGUGAGGAAGAGUUGAGGCGCUUUCAAAAUAAAAAGGAAGAGUUGCAGAAGGAAGUUAGCAAAUUGCAAGAAAUUGCUGAAAAGGCACAGCUGGAUGCAAUGAAAGCUGAGGAGGAUGUUACAAACAUAAUGGUUUUAGCGGAACAAGCUGUUGCCUUUGAACUUGAGGUUACACAACGUGUGAAUGAUGCUGAGAUUGCUUUACAGCGAGCUGAUAAGUCUGUUUCAAAUUCGAAUGCUGACACUGUGGAAACUAUUCAAGUACAAGAUGCUGUGCUUGUUUCUGAGGAGAACACGGUAGAAAUAUUUUCUGAUGAUGUCACGGUUGGUAGAGAUAGAGAUUUGGCCACAAUUGAUGAUGCAUCUUUACUUACCAAAUUAUCACCCGAAACACAAUCUGAACAGACCAGCCAAAUUUCCGAUGACACAGCACAAUCUGAUUAUACAAGUGAUAAUGAUAAUGCCGUCCAAACAAAAAAGCAGGAAGCACAAAAAGAUUUUACUAAAGAUAGUUCACCAUUUGCUCCCAAAGCAUUAUUGAAAAAAUCAUCUCGAUUCUUUCCGGCAUCAUUCUUUUCUUUUACUGAAGAGGAGGCUGAGUCCACACCAGCAUCAGUUUUCCAGGGCCUCGUAUUAUCUGCGAAGAAGCAGUUGCCCAAGCUAGUUCUUGGGUUAUUGUUAAUUGGAGCAGGAGCUGCUGUCUAUGCCAAUAGGGCAGAGAAAAAUACUCAGCUCCUUCAACAGGCAGAUGUUAUUGCGACCAGUGCUGAAGAAUUUUCUUCUAAUGCAAAGCCUCUAAUUAGAAAACUCCAGAAAAUCCCCAAGAAAAUUAAGAAAAUCAUUGCGUCGUUACCUCAUCAAGAGGUGAAUGAGGAAGAAGCCUCCCUCUUUGACAUGCUCUGGUUAUUACUUGCAAGUGUUAUAUUUGUGCCAAUAUUUCAAAAAAUCCCUGGAGGAAGUCCCGUUCUUGGCUACUUGGCUGCUGGUAUCUUGAUUGGGCCUUACGGUCUCUCCAUCAUUCGUCAUGUUCAUGCGACAAAAGCAAUAGCUGAAUUUGGAGUUGUUUUCCUUUUAUUCAACAUUGGCCUGGAGCUCUCUGUUGAAAGGCUCAGUUCUAUGAAGAAAUAUGUUUUUGGAUUAGGUUCUGCGCAGGUUUUGGCAACUGCUGCAGUUGUUGGCUUGGUGGCUCAUUAUAUCUGUGGUCUACCUGGCCCAGCUGCUAUAGUUAUCGGGAAUGGCCUGGCUUUAUCAUCCACUGCCGUUGUUCUGCAGGUGUUGCAGGAAAGAGGCGAGAGCACAUCUCGGCAUGGUCGAGCCACAUUUUCUGUUUUACUUUUUCAGGAUUUGGCUGUCGUAGUCUUGCUAAUACUCAUACCUCUUAUUUCACCUAAUUCUUCCAAAGGAGGGGUUGGUUUUCAAGCCAUUGCUGAAGCUCUUGGUCUGGCAGCUGUUAAAGCAGCAGUUGCCAUUACUGCCAUAAUUGCAGGUGGACGAUUGCUACUUCGGCCAAUAUACAAGCAAGUUGCGGAAAAUCAAAAUGCUGAAAUAUUCUCAGCCAAUACACUUCUUGUUAUUCUCGGGACCAGUCUUCUUACUGCCAGGGCAGGACUUUCUAUGGCACUGGGAGCAUUUUUGGCUGGUUUACUACUGGCAGAAACUGAAUUUUCCUUACAGGUUGAAUCUGAUAUUGCUCCAUAUCGUGGCCUUCUUUUGGGGCUCUUCUUUAUGACGGUUGGAAUGUCAAUCGAUCCAAAACUUUUUGUUUCAAACUUCCCAGUCGUCACGGGGACACUAGCACUCUUAAUAUGUGGCAAGACUAUCUUAGUUUCUUUGAUGGGUAGAAUCUUUGGGAUUUCCCUCAUUUCUGCAUUAAGAGCUGGUCUUCUUCUUGCUCCUGGUGGUGAAUUUGCAUUUGUGGCUUUCGGUGAAGCUGUUAAUCAGGGCAUAAUGUCUUCCCAGCUAUCUUCUUUGCUGUUUCUUGUUGUGGGCAUUUCAAUGGCCAUCACUCCAUGGCUAGCUGCAGGAGGCCAGCUGAUUGCUUCCCGUUUCGAGCAGCAUGAUGUUAGAAGUUUAUUACCUGUAGAAAGUGAGACAGAUGAUCUGCAAGAUCAUAUCAUUAUUUGUGGGUUUGGAAGAGUUGGCCAGAUCAUUGCUCAACUUCUUUCUGAGCGACUCAUUCCAUUUGUUGCACUAGAUGUGAGAAGUGAUAGAGUGGCAGUUGGGCGAGCCCUGGAUCUCCCUGUGUACUUUGGAGAUGCUGGCAGUCGAGAGGUCCUACAUAAGGUCGGGGCUGAAAGAGCAUGUGCUGCAGCUAUAACUCUAGAUACGCCUGGAGCAAAUUAUAGAACAGUUUGGGCUCUGAGCAAGUACUUCCCAAAUGUGAAGACUUUUGUUCGCGCCCAUGAUGUUGAUCAUGGCUUGAAUUUAGAAAAGGCCGGAGCUACUGCGGUGGUCCCAGAGACCUUGGAACCAAGUCUUCAAUUAGCAGCUGCUGUGCUUGCUCAGGCUAAACUCCCCGCAUCAGAGAUUUCAGCGACUAUAAACGAAUUCAGAUGUCGACAUCUAGCUGAGCUUACAGAGCUUUGUGAAGCAAGUGGAAGUUCUCUUGGUUAUGGAUUUACUAGAAUUAUGAGCAAAUCCAAAUCUCCAUCCCCAGAUUCAAUAGAUUUAGAUGAUACCCAAGUCUCUGAAGGGACACUGGCAGUAUGA